AUGGCUUCCACCACCUCACUCCUCGACGCCAUCACGCGCCGACGCACGAUCUACGACCUCUCAGCCACGUCGCCCAUCCCCGACUCCCGCAUCAUCGAGAUAGUACGACACAUCACGCUCCACGUCCCGUCGUCGUUCAACAGCCAGUCCGCGCGGUUCCUCGUCCUCCUCCACUCCGAGCACCGGCGCCUGUGGGACCGGGCGCGCGAGGUCAUGGCCCAGGUGCUCCCCGAGGCCGUCUUCACAACGUACUUUGCGCCCAUGAUCACAAAGUACCGCGGCGGCCACGGGACCGUGCUGUGCUUCGAGGAUCGGGGUGUCGUCGACGCGCUGGCCACGCAGUACGACGGCGUCAUCCCCCCGCGAGAAAUUCCACCAUAUGCGCUGUGGUGUGCGCUGGAGGCCGAGGGCAUGGGCGCCAACCUCCAGCAUUACAACCCCCACAUAGACGCGAUGGUCCGGGACACGUGGGACCUGAGUCCCGACUGGAUACUCAAGGCGCAGUUGGUCUUUGGGGUGCCCGCGAAUAAUGUCCGGAUCAAGAAGGAACUGGAGAAGAAACCGGUGGCGGAGAGGGUGCUUGUCAGGGGGGGCAUUUCUCCGUGA